CGCCCAGUGCGCCUGCGCAUAAGAGUAGCGGCGUUGAGUCAGGCCGGCAGUGGAGGAAACUGCGGUAGCGACCCUCAAGGCUCGUCAUGAAGACCCGCUUUAGCACCGUUGACCUCCGUGCGGUACUUGCGGAGCUGAAUGCCAGCUUGCUAGGAAUGAGAGUAAACAAUGUUUACGAUGUGGAUAAUAAAACGUAUCUUAUUCGUCUUCAAAAACCAGACUUUAAAGCUACACUUUUACUCGAAUCUGGCAUACGAAUUCACACAACAGAAUUUGAGUGGCCUAAGAAUAUGAUGCCGUCUAGUUUUGCCAUGAAGUGCCGAAAACAUUUGAAGAGCCGGAGAUUAGUCAGUGCAAAACAGCUUGGUGUGGAUAGAAUUGUAGAUUUUCAGUUUGGAAGUGAUGAAGCUGCUUAUCACUUAAUCAUUGAGCUCUAUGACAGGGGAAACAUUGUUCUUACGGAUUAUGAGUAUCUAAUUUUAAAUAUCCUAAGAUUUCGAACUGAUGAGUCUGAUGAUGUUAAAUUUGCUGUUCGUGAACGCUAUCCAAUUGAUCAUGCUAGAGCUGCUGAACCGUUGCUUACCUUGGAAAGAUUGACUGAAAUACUAGCCAGUGCACCUAAGGGUGAACUAUUGAAGAGAGUUCUUAACCCAUUACUUCCCUAUGGGCCAGCUCUCAUUGAGCAUUGUCUUAUAGAAAAUGGAUUCCCUGCCAAUGUCAAAGUGGAUGAAAAAUUUGAAAGUAAAGUUAUUGAAAAAGUACUUGUUUGUCUACAGAAAGCAGAAGAGUAUAUGAAAACAACAUCCAACUUCAAUGGAAAGGGGUAUAUCAUUCAGAAAAGAGAAGUAAAACCAAGCCUGGAGGUAGAUAAGCCAACUGAAGACAUACUCACGUAUGAGGAAUUUCAUCCUUUCUUGUUUUCUCAACAUUCACAAUGUCCAUAUAUAGAAUUUGAAUCAUUUGACAAGGCCGUAGAUGAAUUUUAUUCCAAGAUAGAAGGUCAGAAAAUAGAUUUAAAAGCUUUACAACAGGAAAAACAAGCAUUGAAGAAAUUAGAUAAUGUCCGGAAGGAUCACGAAAACAGAUUAGAAGCUCUUCAGCAGGCUCAGGAAAUAGACAAACUUAAAGGAGAACUUAUAGAAAUGAACUUACAAAUAGUUGACAGAGCCAUUCAGGUUGUUCGAAGUGCUUUAGCCAACCAGAUAGAUUGGACGGAAAUUGGGUUAAUUGUGAAAGAAGCCCAGGCUCAAGGAGACCCUGUUGCAAAUGCAAUCAAAGAAUUAAAACUACAGACAAACCAUGUAACAAUGCUGCUAAGAAAUCCAUACUUGUUAUCAGAGGAGGAAGAUGACAAUGUUGAUGGUGACGUCAGUACUGAGAAAAAUGAGACCGAACCGCCAAAAGGAAAAAAGAAAAAGCAAAAGAAUAAGCAACUGCAGAAGCCUCAGAAAAACAGGCCAUUGCUUGUUGAUGUUGAUCUCAGCUUGUCAGCAUAUGCCAAUGCCAAAAAGUAUUAUGAUCACAAGAGAUAUGCUGCUAAGAAAACGCAGAAGACUGUUGAAGCUGCUGAGAAGGCAUUCAAAUCAGCAGAAAAGAAAACAAAGCAAACCUUAAAAGAAGUCCAAACAGUUACCUCUAUUCAAAAAGCAAGAAAAGUAUAUUGGUUUGAGAAAUUCCUCUGGUUCAUUAGCUCAGAGAACUAUCUAAUUAUUGGUGGACGAGAUCAGCAACAGAAUGAAAUAAUUGUGAAAAGAUACUUGACACCAGGGGACAUUUAUGUCCAUGCUGACCUUCAUGGAGCAACUAGCUGUGUAAUUAAGAAUCCAACAGGAGAACUGAUUCCCCCUCGGACCUUGACUGAAGCUGGCACAAUGGCUCUUUGCUACAGUGCUGCUUGGGACGCUCGAGUUAUCACUAGUGCUUGGUGGGUGUACCAUCAUCAGGUAUCUAAAACAGCACCAACUGGGGAAUAUUUGACCACAGGAAGCUUCAUGAUAAGAGGAAAAAAGAAUUUCCUUCCUCCUUCACAUCUAAUGAUGGGGUUUAGCUUCCUCUUUAAGGUAGAUGAGUCUUGUGUUUGGAGACAUCGGGGUGAACGAAAAGUCAGAGUGCAGGAUGAAGACAUGGAGACACUGGCGAGUUGUACAAGUGAGCUCAUGUCAGAAGAAAUGGAACAACUAGCAGAUGGGGGUGAAAGUAGCAGUGAAGAAGAUAAAGACGAAUUACAUGAAACUCCUGUGGAAGUGGAGCUCGUGACUCAGGUUGACCAAGAGGAUAUUACUAUUCAGAGUGGUGGCAAUGAACUAAAUGAAUUAAUUCAGGAAGAAAGCUCUGAAGAUGAAGGAGAGUCUGAGGGGGUGGUAAAAGAUCAGGAACCUGUUGGUGAAAUUAAGGAUGAAGAAGAGACAUUACAUUAUCCUGAUACUUCCAUCGACUUGUCCCACCUCCAGUCCCAAAGGUCCCUCCAGAAAUUGGCUUCAAAAGAGGAAUCUUCUAAUACGAGUGACAGUAAAUUGCAGAGCCGGAGGCAUUUGUCAGCCAAGGAAAGAAGGGAAAUGAAGAAAAAGAAGCUUCCAAAUGACUCAGGGGAUUUAGAAAUGACAGAAGGAAAGGACAAAGAAAAAGAAAAUGCUCUACACAUUGAAACUCAUCAGAACACAAGCAAAAAUGUCCCAGUUGUUCAGCCAAUGAAACGAGGACAAAAGAGUAAAAUGAAAAAAAUGAAGGAAAAAUACAAGGACCAAGAUGAAGAAGAACGUGAGCUCAUCAUGAAAUUGCUGGGAUCUGCAGGUUCGAACAAAGAAGAAAAAGGGAAAAAGGGAAAGAAAGGCAAAAUAAAGGAUGAACCAGUGAAGAAACAGCCCCAGAAACCUAGAGGUGGACCAAGAGUUUCAGACAGCAUAAAGAAGGAAACUCUAUCCCUUGAAGUUACCACUCAUGAGUUACAAGACUUGGCUGUAGAUGAUCCACAUGAUGACAAGGAAGAACAAGAUCUAGACCAACAGGGAAAUGAGGAAAAUCUGUUUGACUCUUUGACAGGGCAGCCACAUUCUGAAGAUGUACUACUGUUUGCCAUUCCAAUAUGUGCCCCAUAUACCACCAUGACAAACUAUAAAUACAAAGUGAAACUUACUCCUGGAGUUCAGAAAAAAGGAAAAGCUGCGAAAACAGCCUUGAAUAGUUUCAUGCAUUCCAGAGAAGCAACAGCAAGAGAAAAAGACUUAUUCCGCAGUGUAAAGGACACGGAUUUAUCAAGAAACAUUCCUGGCAAAGUGAAAGUGUCUGCACCCAAUCUUCUGAAUGUAAAAAGAAAAUAGCUGAAAUGAAAUCCUAAAAUAUUUGAGAAGAGUCAGUUUUAUAGCCUUUUGGAAGUUCAAAGAUGAAAACAUCAUGUAACAAGACUUCCACAUUUAAAAGUGAACUAACAUUGCCUUGCUGUAUUCGCCAAAAUGACUUGGUUUUUUUCCAGUUUUAUAGAGAGGAAACACUAUGAUAGGGUUUCCUAAAAUAUUUGUGGACAGCAAAUGCUAAUUGUAAACAACUGCAAUUAUUCUACAUUUUCUUGAAAUUUGGAAGGUUAAUAGUAAGUAUUCAUUUCAUGUUGUAAAGAAAUGGAAUAGUGAAGUGGCUCAACUGGUUAGACUACUGACCUAGUAGUCUACUGUACAUAACAUCUAAUAUAUCUAUUACAGGCCAAUCGCAAGUUUUGUUUUUCCUGGUGGGGGCUGGGGUGGUUAUACAUUUAAUAAGUCUUGAGGAAGUAGACUUCUUCUGCUUUUACUCAUAUUAGACUAGAUUUUAAAUACAAAUCAUUCCCGUGACUUGGCUUAAGAUAACACCUAGAAGAAAUUGGUGUUGAUAACUUCCACGCAUUUAUAUAAUACCGUUACUUUUCAUCUUAAUUUCUUUCUUGUAAUCUCAUUCAGCUUUGUGUCAUUUUAUUUUCCACCUCUAGUAAUUAUCAGUAGCAUGUUACUGAUCUUAACCUAAGAGUAUCUUAACCUAUAAUAUUAUAAGUGCACUUUCAGGUUUACCACUAAAGACUCAUGACCCAGCUUUUUUCUUCUGUCUCCUAACAAUGGAGAAUAAAGUCAUACAUUAUUUCCAUU